GGUGUAUUCCUCGUGAGUAAAAGCAACACAACACAACACCACAACGCGCCCCCACACUUAUACAUACAUACACCUAUAUAUACAUUCAUCCUUCUUUUUUAUUAAGGCAACAAACAAUUGUGUGGGGGUCUUUAUGUUAAGACACUACUCAGAGGGAAGAUGAUGAACUGGGAAGGCGAGUCCCCUGCUUCAUCUGCCGGCGGUGGAGGUGGAGGUGGAGGGAGGCGGAAGCCGUCGUGGAGGGAGAGAGAGAAUAACAGGAGGAGAGAGAGGAGGAGAAGGGCUAUUGCAGCUAAGAUAUAUGCUGGGUUGAGAGCUCAAGGCAAUUUUAAUCUCCCUAAGCACUGUGAUAAUAAUGAGGUUUUGAAAGCUCUUUGUGCUCAGGCUGGCUGGACUGUUGAGCCUGAUGGCACUACUUACCCAAAGGGAUCAAGACCACCCUCAAUCGACAUUGCAUCGAUGGAUAUUGGUGGUACUUCAAACAACACCACGCCAUGUUCUUCACGUCGUCCAAGUCCACCAUCUUCGUCCUUUCCCAGUCCUAUUCCUUCAUAUCAACCCAGUCCCACUUCCUCUUCCUUCCCAAGUCCGUCUAGGCUUGAACCUCACAUGUCAUCCAAUCCUUUUUCGUUCAUGCGUUACUCCAACCCAUCAUCUCUCCCUCCCCUCCGGAUUUCAAACAGUGCACCUGUAACCCCGCCUCUUUCAUCAUCAGCCACGCGGAUUUCUAUGCAUAACUUCAAUUGGGAGUCCAUUGCCAAACAAUCUGCCUCCUUGAGUUUCCCCUUUCUAGCGGUUUCUGCCCCGGCCAGUCCAACUCGUGGUCAACGUAUCCCUCCUCCAGCUACCAUACCAGAAUGUGAUGAAUCUGAUUCCUCGACUGUAGAUUCAGGACAAUGGAUGAGCUUUAAAUCAUAUGCACCCAGUGGGGGUCCAACAUCUCCGACUUUUAAUCUCAUGAAGCCUACAACAGAGAACAUCUCUUCCCAAAAGGCUGUCCUUGACAAAGGAAAAGGCAUCGAUUUUGAGUUUGAGAGAGAAGCGGUGAAGGCAUGGGAAGGGGAGAGGAUUCAUGAAGUGGGGUUAGAUGAUUUGGAGCUGACACUGGGAAGUGGGGGAAUGCAAUGAUUAGAGACAUUGGUGAGUCGAAUCUUAUGUCCUAAAACAUUUGAUCACGUCCCGUUGGUUUCGGAUUUGGUAUGCUGAGUUGUCCAACUGAUUUUCAAGUCCGAGGCGAUGUUGGUUUGAUUGUGAAAGACUUGUUUAUCUGGUAAAGAAGGUUUUUCUUUGCAAGAGUGUCAAGUAAAAUUUAGAUUUGUGUCUUUAAGUUGUCAUGGGUUAUACUGUCAUGUUUUCUCUGUUAUUAGGUUCUGUUUGCAGUGUAAUUAAGAACAGAGCCUGCUUAUAUUACGGGGGGACAACGGCCUUUCCGCAAGCGCACCAUGUCGAUAGCAGGCUCUUUAUAGAUGUAGCAUCCAUAUAUCCAUCCGCGAUGAUGAGACAGGACUGUACUGUUUGUUUCAGGUCAUCGCGAUUCUAAGGAUGCUAAAUUGUAAGAGAGAAAUGUACUAGGGUUUGUAAUCAAUGCCAAUUAUUGUCUGCUAAAACUUUGUCUACUAUACCAAUUAUGAAGUGAAUUAAGUAUCAUUUUGGUUUCUGUUGUUA